AUGACGGCAGUGGACCUUUUCAACACUUUGGAGGAUUUAAAAGAAGAGGAAUUUAAGAAAUUUAAAUGGUGUCUGCAGCAAGACAUCCUGGAAGGCUACCAAAGCAUCAAAGUGUCAAAGUUAGAGAACGCAGAAAGGCAGGACACGGUGGAUGAGAUGGUGAAAACCUAUAAACUUCACGGAGCUCUGAAGGUGACCAAGAAGGUUUUAGAGGAGAUCAACAGGAAUGAUCUGGUGCAGAGUCUGCCAGACACCAGCUCAGGACCAGCAGUUAUGGCUGCUACCAGCAAUGCGCCAUCUGACAAAGUGUCCAAACCAGGAGAAGUUCCCUGUGACGUCUGCACUGGAACCAAACUGAAGGCCCUGAAGUCCUGCCUGGUGUGUCUGGUCUCCUACUGUGAGACUCACCUGGAGCCUCAUCUGACAGCUUCACGUCUGAAAAGACAUCAGCUGAUCGACCCUGUGGAGAACCUGGAAGGCAGGAUGUGUACGAAGCACGAUAAACCUCUGGAGCUGUUCUGUAAGACCGACCAGACAUGUGUCUGCAUGCUCUGCUCUGUUUUAGACCACAAGAUGCAUGAUGUUGUUCCUCUGAAAGAAGGAUAUGAAGGAAAGAAGGCAGAGCUGGGGAAGACAGGGGCUGAAAUUCAGCAGAUGAUCCAGAAGAGACGACUGAAGAUUCAGGAGAUCAAACACUCAGUCGACCUCAGUGAGGAAGAUGCAGACAGAGAGAUAGCAGAAGGUGUUCAGGUCUUCACUUCUCUGAAGGAGUCUGUUGAGAGAGGCCUGAAUGAGCUCAUCAACACCAUCAAAGAGAAGCAGAAAACAACAGAAAAACAGGCCGAAGCUUUCAUCAAAGAGCUGGAACAGGAAAUCUCUGAGCUGAUGAAGAGAAGCACUGAGGUGGAGCAGCUCUCACGCUCUGAAGACCACCUCCAUCUUCUCCAGAGUGUCCAGUCCCUAAACAUCCAACAACCUCCACCCACCAAGGACUGGACAGAGGUCAGCAUCCGUCCAUCAUCAUAUGAGGGGACUGUGGUGAAAGCUGUGGUUCAGCUGGAGGAGACACUCAGUAAAGAGAUGAAGAAGCUGCUUGAGUCUGAGCUGAAGAGGGUCCAGCAGUAUGCAGUGGAUGUGACUCUUGAUCCUGAUACAGCACAUCCUAAACUCAUCCUGUCUGAUGAUGGGAAACAAGUGAUUCAUGGUGAUGUGUGGAAGAAUCUCCCAGACAACCCAGAGAGAUUUUCUCGUUAUUGUAUUGUUUUAGGAAAGCAGAGUUUCUCUUCAGGCAGAUUUUACUUUGAGGUUCAAGUUAAAGGAAAGACUGAUUGGGAGUUAGGAGUGGCCAGAGAGUUGAUCAACAGGAAGGAAAGCAUCACACUGAGCCCUGAGGAUGGUUACUGGACUAUAGUGUUGAGAAAUGGAAAUGAGUACAAAGCUUGUGCUGUCCCUUCAGGUCGUCUCUCUCUGAAGUCUCCUCCUCAGAAGGUGGGGGUGUUUGUGGAUUAUGAGGAGGGUCUGGUCUCCUUUUAUGACGUAGAUGCUGCAGCUCUUAUCUACUCCUUUACUUGCUGCUCCUUCACUGAGAAACUCUUCCCUUACUUUGGUCCCGGUCUUAAUAAGGAUGGUAAAAACUCUGCCCCUCUGAUCAUGUCUCCUGUCAGAGUAAACUAAUCACUGAUCUCAUUUCAGGUAUUGAUUUAUUUUCAAUCAAGGGAAGCAAUGUACAUAUUAAUAUAUUCUACAUUUUAUUUUCUACAUAAUCUGUUUCCUGU